AUGGAGCCUCCGGCGGAGGAUGCCGCCGCCCCGGAGGCCGACGAGUCGGCGCCUGCCGUUUCUGGCGAACCUGCCCCUGGCGAGGCUGCCAAGGCUGACGAAGAGAAUGACGGGCAGGUUGACAAGGGCAACAACAGGAACAACAGGACGCUCGAGCAGAUGAUGUCGCUGAAGGAUGGCGACGACGAGCGGACACAGAUUUCGAAGAAGGUCUCCUGGAUCCUGCGGCACGGCGCCAAGAGGGUGAACAUAGAGAUCGACGACGAUGGCUGGGUGAGCGUGGAGAACCUUCUGGGGUCUGCCAUCCUCGAGGGCGUCGACGACACGAAGCUUAUGGGGAUGAUCAACGAGUCGAACAUCCAGAAGCCUCGCUACGAGGUUAGAGAUACCGAGAACGGGAAGUGCGUCCGUGCGGUUGCCAAGCACACCAUCCAGGGGAUGGCCACGUCUGCGAACAAGGGGGGCGAUAGACCAGACAGAAGAAGGAUAGGCAAAGGCUGCGCCGGUAAGGGCGAAGACCAGUACGAAGGGGGCUUCGCGCGGGCCCACGGCGUGUGCGGCGGCGCGGCAGAGCAGACCGCGCAGAGCGCGAGCCUGGCGGGUGGCGCGCGGCACGUCCGCCGAAUCCGCCAGGCGCGGGUGGCCGCGGCGUCGAAGGAGAUGGCGUACGAGCAGCAGCUCCAGGACGGUGCCCGGGGGAGCCUGGAGGUGCCCGGGGGUGCCCAGAGGUUCCCGGGGGUCCUAAAGUGGAUCGUCUCGAUCAGCAACAUGGGCGUUGUCGGCGAAGAGACCACAGAAGUGGUGCGCGACGAGGACUUCAACGCGGGUGCAUUUCCAGGCGAGGCGCCUCAGGUCUGA